AUGUCUCAUCCAAUCCUGUCAGAAUUUGAUAUCGUUUUUGCUGGAGGCGGUACUACAGCCUGUGUUGUCGCAGGUCGCUUAGCCGCCCAUGAUCCCUCAUUGAGGAUCUUGAUUCUGGAAGCGGGUCAGCACACCCUCAAUAAACCUAUUUAUGUGCAACCCUACCAAUUUCCCUUCAACCAAGCACCGACGAGCACGACAGUCACAUUCAACAUCGGAAAUCCAUCUCCUCGUCUCAACGGCCGUGCACCGAUCGUUCCAUGUGGUCGUUGCGUUGGUGGAGGCUCAUGUGUGAACUUUAUGGUAUACACUCGUGCACCUGCUUCGGACUAUGAUGAUUGGGGAGCCAAUGGUUGGGAAUCUGAGAAUUUGGUUCCCCUCAUGAAGAAGCUGGAGACAUAUGAGGUGCAGCCCGAUUGUCCAACUCACGGCUAUGACGGACCUAUCAAGGUGUCCUCUGGUGGGUGUAAAAUAGGUAUCUCCAACGAGUUCAUCCAGGUUGGCACGACCUAUCACAAGAGGCAGUAUGCCGACGACACCGAUGAUUUAGAAACAUGCAAUACAUACAGUCCAUGGCAGAAGUACAUUGACGGGACAACCGGAAGGCGUUCGGACGCGGCUCACCACUAUGUCUACAACCAAGCUCACAAUCAAAAUCUACAAGUCUGGGAUGGGAAGCGCGUAAAGCGUAUCAUCUUCGAGGACAAGCGUGCUGUAGGUGUUGAGUUCACCAGCAACCCAGUGUCUUUCCCAGACGUAGAUCAGUCGUUGAGUAUUGUUAGAGCAUCAAAGCUUGUCGUUGUCUCUGCUGGGACGUUUGGUUCUCCGAUCAUUCUGGAGAGGUCUGGGAUCGGUUCUAAGGCGGUUCUCAAGCGGUCCGGUAUCGAGCAAUUGGUGAAUUUGCCUGGCGUUGGGGAAAAUUAUCGAGAUCACGAUACCGUCUUUGUUCCAUACUUGGCUGCAGACGAGGCUGUUACCAUGGACGCUCUCUGGCGUGGAGAGGGCAUCCUACAGGGUAAGCAAGUUCUCGCCAUGAUUCCAGCAAUUUACAACUACCCAAAUGUAGAAAGUCUUGCACAGUGGAACAGCAGUGGCAAGUCAUUGAUUGCACAAAAUGGCCUCGGUUCAAAAAUCAAGUGGCGUCCUGAUGACGAGGAAUUGAAAGCCAUGGACCCAGCUUUUCAACCACGCUGGAAGGAGUUCUUCAAAGAUCGCCCAGACAAGGCUGUUGCAAUAUUUGCUGUUCUUGCGGGAUACAUUCCCCCGCUCUCGGAUAUCCUUCCUCCUCGCAACUACAUGACCGCCGGCUAUUACACACUGUACCCCGUGUCUGUCGGAAGUGUUCAUAUCAAUGUAACAGAGAGCGGCGAAGAAGGAAUGGACUUUACUACAGGCUUCCUAGAUGAUCCAUCCGAUAUUAUUCCUCUUGACUUCGGAUACAAAAGACGCGUGAAAUCCUUCGACGCAUGGCUUCCUACCGAGGGAAGCGCUGCAGCCUGCAGAGAAGCUUCCGGGCCAGUGGAUUUGAAUGCGCCUGACAUCGUCUAUACUGCCGAAGAUGACGAGGCGAUCAGUCAAUUCCACCGUGACAUCGUGCAAACGUCAUGGCACUCACUUGGAACUUGUGCCAUGAAACCGGAGGCAGAUCAAGGAGUCGUCGACGCUCGGCUAAAUGUUUACGGGGUGUCGAAUCUGAAGGUCGCAGAUAUGUCCAUUUCGCCUUUGAAUGUUGGCACGAACACGUAUUCGACGGCACUUCUCAUCGGAGAGCAGGCUGCGAUGAUCAUUGCUGAAGACUUGGGUAUCAAUUUCAUGGAUCAGGUUUAG